AUAAGCUGUGACGCACCGCACGGGCGCCAUUUUGAGUUGUUAAGAUGGCGUCAGUAGGAUCAGAAGUAGAAAUACAGGAAAAUUCGGAUAUGCAAAUUCAAGAAGUUGAGGUUGAUAGUUUACCGGUAGAAAUACCUAUUGAAGCAGUAGAACCGAAUGAGGAAGGAAUUCAGAUACCACUAGAGCCUCUACCCGAAGCACAUGAGGAAGUUGUAUUAGCAAAUCGCGAAGAAGUAGUCACCGAUCCCAACCUAAUUUAUGUACCCGUCGAAAGUGUAGACGCUAUAAAUAUACCGAUACCGCAUUUAGGAGUGAGUGAAGAUGGUAACUCAAACGUUAAUCGGAAAGGAAAAGCAAAGAAACGCCUUCAAAAACCCAAAUAUCCGACGGUAACUAGUGCAGAACUCGUCGACGCGAAUGCAAUAAGUACGCGUAAAUGGGAACAAAAACAAGUUCAAAUAAAGACUCUGGAUGGUGAAUUCUCCGUAACUAUGUGGGCUUCAGAUGCCAAUUCCGGUGGUCCACUCGUAAUACAAUCUAACAUCAAUGAUGACGAUAAGCGAGCUAUUCAACCGACAUUAGUAGGAACUGUUGAAGAAGUAACGACGUCUUCCUUAAACACAAGUGAGGCUGACUUCACAGAGUAUAUGACCGGUAAAAAAUUGCCACCCGGCGGUAUUCCUGGUAUGGAUCUAAGUGAUCCAAAGCAACUUGCCGAAUUCGCGAAGAUUAAACCUAGAAAAACAAACGACGAUGUACCAAGAACAGUUCCUUGCCCUCACAAAGGCUGUAAUAAAAUGUUCCGAGAUAAUUCUGCUAUGAGGAAGCAUUUACAUACCCAUGGACCCCGUGUACAUGUUUGCGCGGAGUGUGGAAAAGCCUUUGUAGAAAGUUCAAAACUUAAACGACAUCAAUUAGUUCAUACCGGGGAAAAACCUUUCCAAUGUACAUUUGAAGGUUGUGGGAAGAGGUUUUCCCUGGACUUCAAUUUAAGAACACAUGUUCGAAUACAUACUGGAGAUCGACCGUAUGUAUGUCCAUUUGAUGGAUGCAGUAAGAAAUUCGCCCAAUCGACUAAUCUCAAGUCUCAUAUUCUCACUCAUGCUAAAGCUAAUCGAAAUCAGGCGCAUCAAUUUCAACUACAUCAAAUCGCCGCUUCUCAAGCAGCUUUUGCUCUUGCGACGCAGGAUUGAAUGAGAACGUAGCGAGAAAUCGUGACGGAUUAAUUUUAUAUAUUAUAUAUCGUGGAGUUAAAUAACAAGGUUCUAUCUGCAAAAGUAAUCUUUUUAAGAAAUGACAGUUAAAGUUAUUGUAGUGUGUAAAUACGAUUUCAUACACAUAUGAUAAACUAUGAUAUUUAUUUAUAGGUUAAAUAACAAAAAAAUAACAAAUUAUAUUGCAUGAGUAUUUUGUAAUUAAAUUUUCGACGGAAGUCUCAACAACCCUUUUAAAUUUGAUAAAUGUAUGAUUUAUCUCAUUUAUUUAUAAAGGUAAUUAUUUUUUUAUGAGAAUAAUUCUUCAACUGGAGUCAUUUGUUGCAGGGUAGUGUAAAAAAGUUUUUGCCUUAAAAUAUUUGCUUACUAAUCGACAAAAUUCUAUUUCAGAAUAGGUUUUUUUUAAAAAAGGAAGUGAAUACUUGUUUAAGAGUAUACUUUCCUUAUUAUAAUCCAGAAAACGAAUUCUUGUUGCUAAAGGUUUUUCUUGUAUGUUGAUAUGUUUCUGUUAAAAAAUUCCAAAGAAUUUGAAUCAAUUUCUUGAAUUUCGAGAAAAAGUAUUGCCGAAAUUGUUAUUAAUGUGAAAAACUGUCUGUUACUUUAUAUAUCUAA